AUGCGGUGUUCUGCUCUUUCCUGCACGUCGAGCUCGGCUUCUUCAUCAGGGGCUUCCACAGUUAGCUCCAACUGCAGCCAGGCUUCUAGUCUAAUGACGACUGCUACUGGACAUCCACAAAAUACCAUCAGAACAGAGAAUGACGAUUCACUAAUCUGCCCGGAAGAUCAAGCCAGUCUUAACCGGCUCUCUAAUUGGCUCAGUUCACUUGGUCUUGACAGGUUAGCUCACACUAAAUAA